CGACCACGGGCCGGGAGGGACCGGCAGUCUGUGCUCGGCUGUCCCUGCUGGGUCACAGGGUGACCCCGUCUUGGCUAGGGAUGGAGCCUCGGCGGCAGCCCGGUGGCGUACGGGGAUGAGGACGCUGGUGGCCGGUCCCCAGCACGGUGGCCUCGCGGGUCCCGUCCCACGGGCAGUCCCUGGUGCGUGUCCGGUGUGCCUCAUCGUGGGGAGGGGUGAGGUGUGGCUGGGGGGACUCCUGCUAUUCCCAGGUGUCACUGCUGCUGGCUGGGUGACAGUGACCCAUCCUGCCAGCAGCCAGGAUACGUGUGGGACCCGGAACGGUCCAUCCAUGCGUGCCCAUCCCAAUGCGGCAGCAGGGCUCGCUGCUCGGGGGAAGGAAGCAGGGAGCCGCUGGCACCAGUGUCUGAUAGGGAAGCGUGCCAGCAGGGCACCGACCAGCCUGGCCGCCGGCCACGGGGAUGCCCCACCGGCUUCCCGCUGCGCCUGCUGGGGUGACACCGGAGCUGCCACCCUGCCGGCUGUGACAGGGGCUGAGCAUCCCUCACUCCUCCCUUGUGCCCACCGAGCCGCCAGCAGCACCCGGGCAUCCCAGCGGGCGACGCUGCGGUGACCGAGCAGCACCGAGCAGAAACGCGUCCCCGUCCUCGAGUGAGCCCGUCCCGUCCUGGUGGCGGCGGCCUGGCCUGACCGAGGACCGGGUGCUGCCCACACGGCGCAGGGCCGUGCCGCCGUGACGAAUGACACUAAUUACUAUUUUUCCUCGCACCACGCCAAGCCCGGUGGCCCAGCCGGGUCGCCCUGACGCAACGCUGCCUGCCCGGCUGGCUCCGCCACCCGACGGGACGCGGCGGGAGGAAGCGCUCGGGGACAGCACGGCCACAGUCAGGCCGCAGGAAUCCGCGCGUGGCAGCGGGGCGGCACCGCUGGCUCCGGGCGAAGCGGCUCUACUGGUUUUUCCCCUUCCCGGCACCUGAGAGCGUGGCCGGGUCACCGGGGCAGGAGCGGGCCGAGGGGCUGGCGCGGGGGGAGGCAAUAAGCAGGCCCGCAUUCCUCCCUGGCUGCUGCGGAAACUUUAAUUAAAUAGGGAGGGAGCGCGGGAGGAGGUGGGAGCAGCGGCGGAGGGCGACUGGAAGGGAAAAGGAGGAUUAGGGGCUGGUCGUGCAGCUCCGCUGGGCACGCACCGACACGGGUGUGUUCGGGGGCGACAGGGAGGGCCCUGCGAUGCUGGGCCUGGAGCCGGGGAAGGCCCCGCGUUCCUCUGCGUGGGGCCCAGGGCGCUGGUGGGGAUGGAGCUGUGUGUGCCGGUGCCCACCGGGCUGGCUGCGUGCCGGCAACAACGGCGGCUUUGUUCUGCACAGGGAGCCGAGCGGACACGGGGCCUCACUCACCGGGGUGUGGGGACAGGAGGGGUGUCCUGGCUGUGCUGGAUACCCACGGCUCAGGAAUCCACUGUGACGUGGAGUGGGAUGAGAGCUUGUAGGACUGUGCGGUCCCCUCCAGCCCUUAGGGCCCAGUCCUGGGGUUCAGGGCACCCUGGGCUCACCAGCCUCUGAGCCAGGUGGGCACAGACCCAGGUGAGCGCACGGCCCUGCAGGCACUGUAGUAGCAGGGAUGCUCACCCAGUGGCAGGGCCACCAUUUACUUCCUUGUGGCAGCAUGGAGCUCCAACUGCCCCCUCCUGCCCAGGUGUCACCCUGCAGCUUAGGGCUGGGGACACACUACUGUCACCACAGCAGCCAGCACUGCCACUCGCCCCGUGCUGCGCCUGGCUGGCAUCGGGCUCUUCCUUGGGCACAGAAAGGGGUGCUGUGUCCCCGUGUGCACCAAGUGGACACCCAGCUGUUCAUCCCAGGGAACGGGAACAGUGCUCCCACUCCCUCAGGCUGGCAGGGAGAGGCUGUGCAAGAGGGGGAGGCUGAGCCUGGAUCCUCCUGCAGCCGGAAAAUAUGAAUAAUUCGGCAAGUAUCUGCGGUGCAGGCCUGGGGAGCUCAGCCAAGGAGCAGCAGGCUGCUGCCAGGGCAAGAUGGCCAAGCACCUCUGGGAGAACCGCUUCUCCCCAGUGCGGCCGUGCUGCCCCUGCCAAGCUGCCAGGCUCCAGGCUCCAGGCUGGGCUCACCUCUUGGCCCCACGUGCCCAUCGAGGGGCUGGGCAGCGUGCUGGUGUGUGCCGGAGGAGCACGAUGGUGUCAGCAGAGCGGUGGCAGAGGUGUGGAGCCACAGGUGAAGCGUGUGGUGCCCGACCGGCAAGGCAGGAUGCUCGGCCGCGGUCACGACCCAGCCCAACCUGCUCGGGGCCAGUGAGCGGAGCCUGGCAGCUGGGGAGGAAAUGCCAGCAUAAUUAAAGGGCUGAGAGGCUCAGAGUCAGCAGCUGGUUGCAGCACGGACACGUCAGCGAAACCCGACCCUGGCAUUGCAAAACCAGGUCCCAACCCAGGGCCUGUGCCCCGCCGCCACCAUGCUGCCCACCCUGACAGGCACAGCCCUGCACCGUGCUGCCCUCAAGGCCAGCCUGGUCUUUGGCCAUCCCAGCGCGCCUGCUGUCCCUGCUCAGCUGCCCCAUGUCCCAGCUGAGGGUUGAUGCUGUCACCUCCAUCUGCCAGCUCAGUGCUUAAUGCCAGCAGUGUCCCCCAGCCACUUCAUGAGGCUGCAUGAUGCUCUUUUGGCACAGCCCGAUCACCAUGGCUAUGGCACGCUGGGUACUCUGCCCCAGGGUCACCCACGCACGGGGUGUGGGCAGGGGGCUCAGUGACCGUGACUGCAUGGCCACAGAGCGGCUCCUCCCAGUGCUGGUGUCCCUGGGCCAAGUGACUCAGGCGGCUGUGGUGACCCUGCCCAGCGGCGCGGGUGCACCCCACCCUUGGGCGCACCCCAGGCCCACAGCCUCCUCCUUAACCCUGUCCUGCUGCAGGCGAGUGCGGUGAUCUGGGGGGACUUGGGAUGUGGUGUUGUUCCACGGCACAACCAGGGCUCGGCACAGCCCAGCUGAGGCCCCCCAUGGUGGGGCAUGGGGCAGCCAGCAGCACGUGCUGCUAUGCUAGCCGGUAGCCCCCCGCGCACAGCGGGGCCCCAGUGAGUUGCAGGGUUUUAUUUGCCUGCAGCUAUUAACGACUUUCAGCAGCCCGGCAGGAGGGGAGGAGGUGACUGGCGCGCUGGGAAGGGGCUGCUAGGGCCAUGCACCCUGCAGAGUCCCCUCUGUCACCCCAUGUGCCCUGCCAUGGGGUGAUGAAGGAGGCAGGGCCCUGGCCCUCCUGCAGCCCUGCGUCUCACUCCUUGCCUGCACUAAUUAGGGCUGUCAUUAAAAGGGCUGAAAGACAGGGCUGAGAGACGAGCUGUGUCCUGAGCAAGGACAUCAGCCAGGAUGUCUGUCCCUGGGACAUGGGCACAGAGGAGCUGGAGCAGGGCUUGUUCCAGCCCUGCUCACACCAGGAACAUCCUCUCCUUGGUCUCCUCUGUCCCCAGUCAGUCAGUGCCAGAGGGAUGGGGAUUGCAGCCCAGGGGCUCUGCAACCCAACGAGGCUGGUGCUGUGCCAGAAUCUUGGGAUGCCAACAGAGGAAGCUUUUUGGGAUGCAAAGUUGCCACGUGCAGCCAGGGAUUUGGGAGACAAGAGCACUGGAGGUCUGCCAAGGGCUGGGCCCACUGCAGGUCACAGCUUGGCCCAGGGCCCUUGGAGCAAGACAGGGCUGGGCAGUGACUCCCCACUGCCCAUCAGCAGUGCUACUGUCCCCAAGUUGUCAGAACCCACUCUUCUUCCUUGCAGCUGUGUCCCUGAGCCCCAAGCCACCCUGCUGGGACAGGGGCAGUGACUGCUUUGUCCUCACACCAGCAUUUCAUUGGCCCAGGUCACCUCAUGGCAGUGCUACCUCCAGGUGCCACUGCUCCUGAGUGCCACUGCCACCACCAGCUCCUGUGCUUCCCUCGUGUAGGUGAAACCUCCAGCUCUGGUUGCUGUAAACAGCAUCACCAUCUGAGUACCUCAAAGUACUGACAAACUCCCCAAAACCCCGUCCUGGGUUUCAGCCUGGUGCUGGGGGCCACACACCCACCCCAUGCGGGCCACCUCACAGCUCUUAUGGGGUGAAGCAAUGGCAGAGACAGAAUCCUAUGGUGUGGGGUCCCGGGGGGCUCAGGCGGGUGGCUGCUGCACAGACGGCACAAGGAAAGGGUUAAGUCCUGCUCGGCUGCGGGAAGCAGGGCUGGCUCCCACCCCCUUCGCUGGCGGAGGCCGAGGCGGGUGCGUCUGCUGGGAUGGAGGCGGCGCGUCCCACAUGUUUGGUUUGCACCCUGCCGAGAGCAGCCGGGAAAGGAGGGGCCCUUUCCCUGCCGCCCGCCGUGGGGGUCGUGUUGCCCCACGAGCCAGGACACUGCGCAUGGAGGAGCUGGGGAGCUGACACCAUGAACCAGCUGGUCCGUUGCACGCUGCUGCUGCUGCUGCUCCCUGGGCAGAUGGCACAGGCAUGUCCCACAGGCUGCCAGUGCCAGGACCCCACGACCAUCCUGUGUGCGGCCAGGCGGGGCCACACUGUGCCACGAGGGCUGCCCCCCAGCACCCUCUCCCUCUAUGUCUUUGAGAAUGGUAUCACGAUGCUCAGCGAGGACAGCUUUGCAGGGCUGCCUGCCCUGCAGCUCUUGGACCUCUCGCAAAACAAGAUCACUAGCAUCCAGAAAAACAUCUUCCAGUCCCUAACGGAGCUCGUCAACUUGGACCUGUCCUCCAACCAGCUGCAGGAGAUCACCAACGAGACCUUCCACGGGCUGCGGCUGCUGGAGCGGCUCUACCUGCAGAAGAACAGGAUCCAGCACAUCCACGCCACCGCGUUUGACACGCUGGAGAAUCUCCUGGAGCUGAAGCUGCAGAACAACCAGCUCCGGGCCGUGCCCCCUCUUGACCUGCCUAACCUCCUCCUGCUGGACAUCAGCUGGAACAAGAUCCCCAGCAUCGUGCCUGGCACCCUCCAUGCCAUAAACAUCGAGUCCCUGAAGAUCGCAGGGCUGGGCCUGAUGAGCUUGGACGAGGAGCUCUUCCAGCCCCAGAACAACCUGCACGAGCUGGACGUCUCUGACAACCUGCUGGAGCGCGUGCCGGUGGUACUGCGGCGCCUGGGCAGCCUCACCAAGCUCAGCCUGGCCGGCAACGCACACAUCUCCCAGCUGCCCCCUGAGGACUUCCGCGGCCUUCACAACCUGCAGGAGCUGGACAUCAGCAACCUCAACAUCAACACCAUCCCUCGGGACUUCUCCAGGUUCUUCCCGAGGCUCCGUGCCAUGACAGCUUCUGGUAACCCCUUCAACUGCAUCUGCCAGAUGAGCUGGCUCGUGCAGUGGGUGAACGCCAGUGGUGUGCUCCUCCGGCGGCCCGAGGAGACACGCUGCCAUUUCCCCCCAAAAAACUCAGGGAAGCUCCUCCACCAUCUGCAGUAUGCCGACUUUGGCUGCCCCACCACCACCACCACCACUGCUGCCACCACCUCCCCUCCACGCACCACUGCACCACGACCACCUGUGCCCAUUCCCACCGGCAGCCGCCCGCCGCCGGAGCCCAGCACCACCACCACCACCCCGCAGCCCCGCGCCGUCCCCUUUAGCUCCACACCGGUGCCCUUCAGCCUCACCCCAGCUGCCAGCAGCCCUCCGCCACAGCUGUGCCCCCCACGCACGUGUUUGAAUGGUGGCACCUGCCAGCUGGGUGCCCAUGGUCACCUGCGGUGCCUGUGCCCACCAGGCUUUGCUGGGGCAUUCUGUGAGGAGGAAGAAGAGGAGGAGGAAAAGGAGGAGGCGGCAGCGAGGGGCACAACGCUGUCCCCAGCCACGCCAGCAGCACCUCCAAGCCGGAAGAUCAGCAUCACACAGGUGAGCAGCACCUCACUGCGGGUGGACCUGCAGAACUACGUCCAGUCCAAAGCCCAGCUGAAGGGCAUCCGGCUGAGCUACCGCAACCUCUCUGGGCCAGAGAAGCGCCCCGUGAUGCUCCGCUUGCCGGCUUCUCUCUCUGAGUACACAGUGCGGGCACUGAAACCCAACUGCACCUACCGCGUGUGUGUGGGGCCGCUGGGGGAAAAGGGCUCCAGGGAGGACUUCUGUGUGGAGGCACACACCUUGCCGGCGAGCCACCAGCAGCACUCACCUGUCACCCAGAGCAAGGACAACAACCUGGCCCUGAUGAUCGUCCCUGCGCUGGCCGCUGUGCUGCUGCUGGUGGUGGUGGUGACGGCAGUCACUUACUACCGCCGGCACCACCGGGCCAAGGAGCAUGCAGGAGGUGGGGUGGAGGCUGGCCCGCUGGAGCUGGAGGGUGUGAAGGCGUGCCUAGAGAAUGGCGAGCGGAGCGGGCACGGCUGCCGGGGGCCUGAGAACGCGGUGCUGGCGGGUGGCCCCGAAUGCGAGGUGCCACUGAUGCAGGCACACUAUCCCAGCAACAACAACAGUGCAGCACUGAAGCCCUCCUACUUCUGAGCCGGGAGUGCUGCGUGGCACCUCCAGGUCGAGGAACGGCGGGGAGUUAACUGAGCUGCGGCAGAGCCCAAACCCAUAACGUGCAAUUCUGAGGGGCUUACACACGUGGGGAGCAGUCACCGAUUGCACCGCUCGGCCUAAGCGCCUUGAUUCCCGUGACCUGACGCAGAACACAGGCAGCGAAGGUUUUGGUUUUUAAUUCGGGUUUGGGUCGGCCUUCUUGUUUUAGCGAGUGCUAGGAAGGAAGACAGAAGGAGGACGGCGGUGACUCGGCUGAGGGGCAGCGAUGUGCUGGCAACAGGGGCCCCUCAGUGGAGCGUGGCUGCGGUCCCCAAUCCCUGGAGCUGAUGUGAGCGGCGCGGCCCGGCUGAGGAGCUGUGCACCUCAGCACCACCGGGCUGAAGGACGCGCCGCGCGGGCGCACGGGGAACCAGAGCUUUACAAACUCAGAGAGAAUAUUUAUACGCGGUUAUUUCCCAUUUCUUCUGGGAAGACUUUUUCUAGUACAGGUUUUGUAAGGCAGACCAGAAGGAUGUCAUUUUGUAAAAAAAAUAAUAAAAGAAUAACAACAACAAC